AAUGAGUUUGACGCCCCUGGACUAUGGUUUCAGGUUUCAGGUUUCAACCGGUUUCAACCUUCAACACACCCAACAGGCAGACCUGAGUGACGCAGCAGGCUCUGACGUGGUUACGCACCUCGGAGACAUGACGCUGGACUUUCGCUUUCUGAAGUUGUUGAAGGAACUGAAACUUUAGGUAAACUUUGAAGAAGGAAAUACAACUACCAGUCUGCGUUUGUGCAACUCUUGGGCUGACAAAGAGGAACAACAGAAUGUCUGGAGAACCUGCUGAGCUGAGUGGACUUAAAGGCGAAGAAGGAGACGAAGGGAAUCUGAUGGGAGACGAAGCGGACGCCAAACCUGACCGCAGAGGAAGAUUUCUGCUGUUUGGGAGUAAGAAGAAUAAGGAUGGCCAGACGCGGGAGCAGGACUACUCUUCUGAAAGCCAUUACAGAAUUGUUUCACCAACAUUCCAGUAUAAGAUGAGCCACCAGCGAGUGGGCAAGUGUAUCAUCAUCAACAACAAAAACUUUGAUGAAAAGACAGGGAUGAAUGUACGCAACGGCACAGACAGAGACGCAGGUGAGCUGUUCAAAUGUUUCAAGAGCCUGGGCUUCGAUGUCUUCAUCUACAAUGAUCAGACAUGUGAGAAGAUGGAGCGACUCCUCAGAGAGGCCUCGGAAGAAGACCAUAGUGACAGCUCGUGUUUCGCCUGUAUCCUGCUAAGCCACGGUGAGGAGGGCAUGAUCUACGGAACGGACGGAGCCAUGCCCAUCAAGACCAUGACCUCAUUGUUCAGGGGCGACAUGUGCAAAAGCUUAGUUGGAAAGCCAAAACUCUUCUUCAUCCAGGCUUGUCGGGGUUCCGAAUUUGAUGAUGGUAUACAGACGGAUUCAGGUCCGCCAAACGACACCCUGGAGACGGAUGCUAAUCCAAGACACAAGAUCCCUGUCGAGGCAGAUUUCCUCUUUGCCUACUCCACAGUACCAGGGUAUUACUCAUGGAGGAACCCUGGUCGUGGCUCCUGGUUUGUCCAAGCCCUCUGCAACGUCCUCAAUGAGUUUGGCAAGCAGUUGGAGAUCAUGCAGAUCUUGACACGGGUCAACUACAUGGUGGCCACCAGCUUCGAGUCCUGGUCUGAAGACCCCCGCUUCAGUGAGAAGAAGCAGAUUCCCUGUGUGGUCUCCAUGCUGACGAAAGAACUCUAUUUCAACUGACCACCAGCCUAAAUCACUGUACUGUGCGACUCCAAAGACUGACUGACUGACUGACUGACCGACUGACCGUUUGACUGACUGACUGACUGACUGACUGACUGACUGACUGACUGACUGACUGACUGUUUCAGGUACCAACUAAGUGGUCAAAGCAUUCAGGGAUGAAUCAGGCCCAGCAGCACACUGCACAUUUGGAGCACAUAUGACACUUUGCAUGUGUAGUUGAGCCUGAAAACGAGCACUCUGUGAGAAAAAAAAUAUUUACAGUGGCACUCCUCGUUCAUGUGUUGAUGGUGAAACUUCUUCCUCUUCUUCAGGUUAUUCUUCAAAAUGAUGGCGUCACAUUUGAUCUUAUCUUUAUUUGACAGGCAUUGUGAACUAUUUAUGUUAUUCUACCAACCCGUAAAAUUUGCUGCCAGUUUUUGUGGGUUCGGGGAAUCGUAUCUGAAAAUAUGUCAGUCCAUUUUCCAGCUGUGGCAAUAGACUUUAAAAUUCAACAAAAUACUAUGUCAAUUUGGCACUUUCUCCUCUAUCUUACUGAACUGAUUGAGAUUGACUGGACUAAGAGAAGUUUCUCCAGACUAGAUCAGAGACCUACGGAAGCCCAGAGUGGCAAGUGAGGAAAAAAAAAUCUGUCGAUCCAUUUUCUAAUUCUGAUCUUAAUUAUUUUCUCUCCUCUUUUAAUAAUUUAGGAACUAGUUAAGAUAUUCCAAUGUGGUCUUUGCACCUUCCUGUUCAAAAGAUUUGUCUGAGACACAGGGAACAAAAAUACCAAUUUGCCCCUGAGAACAGGUGGAAAAAAACAUGUUCUUGUUUGGUAAGAACACAUGAAAAAAUUGCCAACAGAUUCUGCAAUAGUAACUACCAUUUUUUAAUUUUGAAAGUGGCAAAGAAAGGAUCUUAUUUUUUCAUGAGAGGCAUGUUCAUGUUGGAAAAUACAAAGAUGUGCCUGCAUUGCUUCUUUUUUUUGGGGGGGGGGGGGGGCUUGUCAACGAUUGUUUUGACCAAGAAAAAAAAGGAGUUUCUAAGGCAGAAUUCUUCUGCAAUAUUUUUCACUUGUUCGGACAUUUGAAACACAGAAGAGGAAAGAAAAUGAAUCAGACUAUGAAAAUGUUAGGUUUUAAAAAUCAAUGACAAUUAAUUAUUUGAUGAAGAGAUAUUAAAUUUUCAUAUAUUUAUAGUACGUAUUUGUUAAAACAACUAAAGACACCAAAACUAAAACUUUGAAGUGAUAUAAACGACAAGAGGGAGCUACCUCAUUUGCACUGUGCAACCGGAAAAUGGAUCAGAUUGUUCUCAGCUUUUUGUCUUUUAAUGUCUUCAGCUGUCGAUCGUCAAAAGCAAGACUCAAAAGACCACUUUCUCCUCCGAGCAUAAGCGAGUGAAGAUGCUUUUGCCAAAGGCUCAGUGUCUCAGCCUUCCUAGCAGAGUUUAAGUUGGUGGCAUUAUGCUGGCAUCCUCAGGUUCUUUAAUGUCCCAUGAAGUGGGUAAAUGUAAUGUUAAAGAAUGUCAUAUACAUAUCGCUAGGAAGGUGUUAUCUUUUGCUGUGUUUUCAUGGUUUUAUGAGAUUUGGGGUCAAGUGCAUAUUUUAUAGCUCACUCCCAUUAAAACAAAUGUUAAAUAGAAUUUACCAGUUUUCUCACCAUGAUGUUGAAAACUUAAAUUCCUCAUUGUGCAACCCUGAGUAAGUCAAGUUCAUGUAUUUUUUUUAACAUGACACAAAUGAUGCACUUGUCUUCUUAGUCAGGGUCCAACAAAUCAGUUUAAUGAUAUUCUUCUCUUAACCUUUAAAGUUAGACAUUCCUCUUAAGUACUUUUGAUAACUAAAUGAAAACAUGCUGUAAAAUAUUAGCUCCAAAAAGAAAUGUCUAAAACCGUGUCAAAAAAUUCGUAAACAUAUAGUGUUAAGCUGGACUUGGACCCAAAGCACAAAUGCCAAACCAUUUCACUGUAUAUUAGUGUUGUACACUGUCAUAACAUACACUACACUGUAAUUUAAAGUACCAAGCAAGUUCUUUCUUAUUUCAUUUUUUAAAAAAUCUUUGAUUUUGAAAAAAAAGAAGCAAUUCCCAUAUACUCUUCAUUGGUAUGUAGUGCACCUGGCCAAGUUAAAAAAAAAAAAAAGACAGCAUUGAAUAACUGAGUAUAACUAAUGUCAUAGACAUUUGCUGAUGGUAUUAAGAACUUGCAAAACUUUUGUUUCUGCAUAUGUGUUCAUUUUUUCUCGUCCCAAAGGUCUGUCAAUCAGAGGCAGCUAUUACUGGUGGUAACAAGUCUGAACAUACUCAAUCCACAUGUCCGCAACACACACACUCAUUGUUUCUAUCUACACUGUUUUAACAUUUUUCACAUGAUUGCAUGUAUCGGUAACUUUGGGGAAGAGUUAAGCAAUAGCUUUGAUUUGUUAUUAUUUUUAAUAUUAUUUUUUUACUUUCUACUCCUUGUAUUUUGUUAAUUAUUAUUAUUUUUGAUUACAAUUAUAAAUGGUUUUUAUAGUUGCCAGAAGGGUCAUCAGUACUGACCUAAGUUGGAGGCAUGUACCAUUCUACACCAAGAACACUUGUCCAAUACAGCAGCAAGUCUUGGAUCCUCUCAACACAUGGAUCUCUGAUCAGUGAUGUGGUGCCCAAAGGAGUGUUUGCUCCACUUGUUUUGGAAUGGAAAUGAAGGAGGGAAAACUUUAAUUUUAGAGGUACAUUUUUUUAAUGCUUUCCGGUGUUAAAUGCUGUUGUCCUCAGGAAUAUAUUUGAAAAGAUUUGGAAAAAUGAAUGAAUGAAUUACAUUGAAAGUAUAAUCUGGCCCAUUGUUUUUUUAUUUGGGGCAAUACAUUUUUUAAAAACUUUAAAACAGAGGAAUGCUUAUGUAAACACUUCAUUGUAUUAAACAUAAAGUUAUUGAGUAA